CAAGUUUUUUUCGCUGGGGCUGCUUAAUAAAAAGAUAUAAAUAGUAGUUAUCAAAAAAUAUGCAACCUACAAAUAGCCAAAUACUUUUUGGUGAAUCUCUUUCAAAAAUGGAAGUGUUGAAAAAAACAGCAAAGUGGUCUGUCAAAAUUUACAAAGAGUGACAUUUCACCCGUUUAUAAUUAUCAAAAUAAAAAUCCUUGGCUGUCGGCUUUGUGAGAAAUUCUUGAAGUUUUCGAGAUUGAAAGUCCUAUGGAUGGUUAGCUUUUAGUGGAGGAUGUCGGAACAAGAGAAGACAGGUGGGGAGAGCGUUCCCGUUGUUGUGGUGGAGCAGACAGCGCCGAGUAGACACAAGCCGUACAGGCCCACGGAACUGCAAGAGGAAGCCAACCCAGACAUGCAUAAGCGGUCGCGGGCUCCGGCCGUACCUUCGGUAAAGGAAGAGCUCAAAGAUACUACGGCAAACGACAUUACUGGCGCGCCAGAAUACGCUGAAAGUGCACGCGGAGUAACUUCUGAAAAGCAAAGUCAUCCCUCGAAAAAGUUAUCAUCAACAAAGAGAAAGGGAUCUACACCAGAAGAUAUAGCGAUGGUUCUUUUGGACGCUCAGAAAGAUAACAUCGCCUCAGUACCUCAACCUAUUCCAGACCACGACACAGUAAUGUCAAAGGAAUCCAUUUUUAAACCAGCUGAGAAAGCUGGUCGAGAAAAAACAGCAGAUGAUGACAGCAUAACGGAGGAGAUUUCAGAACUACGGACUUCCGAACCUGCUAAAGAACAUUCUGAAUGGACGGAACAACCGACACAUUCUAGUGCAGUAAAGAAAAAGGAAAUCAAAUGGGAAGAUAGCGAAUACCUCGAUAAGAUUCAUUUGCAGAAUAUGGGUGCAAAUAGUCAAGUAACAUUAUUGGAAAGAAAAGCGUCAGUCGGACCCUGUUUUAAACCUAACAUGCUUUACGGUGGACCCUCUGGUAUCACUGUGUGCGUUCCUAAGAAAUCAGUGAGGAAUAUGAAGGAAGAUUUCAAUCCUAUACAAUCGGUCAUCAACUUUAAUGUGACUAAGAAGAUGGAAUCAAAAUCUGCUCCUCAUGUGGAAGCUCGAUACCAAAGAAAGAAAGCGGAAACCCAAAAACAAAAAAAUACUCCGAAGAUACAAGAAAAAGAGCUCAAGAUAGAAUCACAUCCUAAGUUUUUCGAUGCAUGGAAGGGGAAAAUUGGUAAUAUGACAUCGAAAAUCAAGAAUCUAUUAAAUAUAUAGUCAUUAAUAUUUUUUAAUAUACUUUGCUUCUAUUCUGUGCUAUUGUUAGAAAUUUUAUCUUCCCUAAUAUAGAGCUCUGUGAUUUGUAUAUUUGUUUCGUUUAAACUUUGAACUUCUAGUUUCAUUAAUCUGUAAAAGUCCCUGGUAAACUCGGAUCCCUUACACACAAAUAGGCACUAGGCACAUACAUGUUUUUAAAGCCUUGUGAUUUACAUACAAUCGCGCCGUAGUUAAGUCGUUAUCGUGCUACAAUCGUGAUCAAACUAUCGUGAAUCUUGUGAAAGUGCAUUACCUCGAUUUGUCAGGAAGGAAUAUAGUAACAAGUCUUGCAGCAGGAAUUGAAUGCUGCGAUUGCUAAGUAGCAAGGAGAAAAACGGAAAAAUUUGGUGCAUCUAUUUUAUAGCGAUAGAUUGAUUGAACCUUAAAAAAAGAAGCGUUUGAUCGAAUAAAAGUAAAUACUAUUCAACAUAAUUCAUUACCACAAUAAAAUUCAAGCUUCGAAAGCAGGAAUAUAAUUUUACUUGAUAAUUGUAAUUUUAGUCCCUAUUUUUACUCCACAACAAACAAAUACUUUUUUGUUUUUAUCGUUUUAUAUUUGAAAAUUUGACCGAUUUACUUUUCACAACACUUCUUCACUUGUUACAGUUAGAUAUUACAAAUAGGGAUAACUAAAUUUCACAACUUCGAACAAGUUAUUCUUAGUUACAGUUUACUUUGUUUCUUGAUUUGAUCCAACUGUAUUUUAUAGAUUGAAAUGGCGUAAACAUUUCAAUAUCUUCUGUUUCACCAAUAUUAAUUUAUAUGCAAAUUAUAUGAAUCCAUGACUACCUCUGCUGAAAUCACUAGUGCACACUUCUCAGAAAACCUAGUUCAAUCCAGUUCGUCUAUAUGUUUGGCUCCUUGGCCAUUCACCCGGGAGUGACGACUUGUUCUGCAAUGAGCACGCUCCUUGGCAUGUGGUAGAUGGAGCAGGGCAGGCUUCGUGUCGGCAGCUGGUGGAUGAUGUUGGAGCAGUGUCCAGCUCUCGAGAGUCACUGGUUAGAUCCAGUUCGGCUAUACCUGUGACUCCUUGGCCAUCUCCCGGAUUUGUUUCUCGAUGAGCACGCUUCUUGGCACGUGGCAGAUGGAGCAGGGCGGGCUUCGUGUUGGCAGUUGGUGGGUAAUUUUUGAGUAGUGUCCACUUCUCGAGACUCACUGAUAAAAUCGGGUUUCUCUACACGUGUGGCUCCUUGGCUAUUUGUCGGAUUUGUUUCUCCGGCUCCUUGGUACUUUCAGAUGGAUUAAGGCGCGCCUCGUGUCAGCAGAUAAAGGAUAAUGUUAGAAUAGUGUCCACCUCACGAGAUUGACAAUGGGUUAAUCCGGUUCGUCUAUACGUGUGGCUCCUUAGCCAUUUCCCGGAUUUGUUUCUCGAUGAGCACGCUCCUUGGCACGUGGCAGAUGGAGCAGGGCGGGCUUCGUGUAGGCAG